AUGAGAUGUAUCGACACAACAUAUCUUCCACGAAUUUUCAAUGAUGAAAGCGCUUUUAAAGAUAAAAGAGAGCGUCCAACAGUGUCAAUUACGACAUUAACACCAUUUUGGUCGUCAAAUCAAGAACUAAUCUUCAAUUAUGGUGUCAACAAAAUCAGAAGCUCCGGAAAUGAAUUACUAGAAAUGAAAGGAUUUGAAACGAAAAAUAAACGAAAAAGAGGAGAGAAGCACGGAUCCAUCAAAUGUGAAUCCACUAUAUCCACAAAUCCCGAAUACCUUCUUAUUCAAUCAUCCAAAAGUGGCUCAUCGACAACUAUGCCUGCGAAAUCUCUUCCAAGAGUGAACG